CUUAGCCGGGGGCCUAAGGGGCUAUACAAUGUACAGGUCUGCUCCCUAUGCCACACUAGCAGCCCUGAGUCCUCCCUCUCCCCUCGGUCUACCCCAGAGCCAAAGGGAGCGCCAUUAUUGCACCGCCUAAAACUUGGCCCCAGGACCGGGCGACGAGGUGCGACAUUGAAUACUGCCGGUGCCAAAACCCGUUACAGAUAUCAUGUACUAUACAGUACCAACUUGAAUAUCACACUGGCACUGGCGGUCCUAGUCAGUGCCAGACCAGGCUUUAGGCGCCGGCAGCCAUGGCAUCUUUUCGCACCAAUAAAAAUACCCGGCAGUAUUUCCAACUCAACAACACUCAGGACACUCCUACAGAUGCUGUCCAAGGGCCAGAUGCAGCUAAUUACUACUGAGGCGAAAUGAAGACAACAAAUUCUGCGAGGAUGGGCAGGCAAUAUUACUCGCAUGCCCCUCGACCAGGGAGGCAUGCUGGGUUGAACUCCUCAAACUCUUCAAGUCUCGUACAAUAUAUAGGUACUGUACCUAUAUUGGACACCACGGAGCCUCACUCAUUGUCUACCGCUGUCCUCCCUAACAGAGUGCUCUAUUCCCACAGUCAUUGCUAAGCCUGCACUUCAAGUCCCAUGGCGACUUCAACACCAAGCGGUGUGUACUUCAUCACCACCGAGGAGACUUCAACACCAAGCUACUUCAUCACCACGGUGACUUCAACACCAACCGUGUUCUACACCAUUCCGAACGUCAUACCUGUAACAACGACUUUCACUCCCGCUCCGACGUGCCAGUCGCCAUACCUUACCAUGCUGUCGUCCCCAGGCUAUCAAAUAUGGUUCGCUGAACCUGUACCUGUCCCGGCUACGACGGCUUCGGCAUGCUACCCAAGUGAAUGGAUAGAAUACUACAGCAGCAGAGGAACGUCUUCGAUCGUACCGGUAGUCAGCCCGCUGAUCUGUCCGCAAGGCUGGGAGGCGGUGGAAAGCUGGAGCUCAAGCUACAUUGCUUGUUGUCCUUCGUCCUAUCAACUGCACAACCCUGAUGUCCUUGUUGAUAACACUCGAUCAGCGUACGGCGGCACAUGUUACAGCGACCUUAGUUCCGGCCAGACGUUAACUGUGACCGGCUACGAUACAGCUUCCGUUACAGCAACAUUUACCUGGGUCGCUUCUGUGACGAAUGCCCAAGUCUAUGCCCAUCCCAUCGAUGGAUAUCAGGAAAUCCUAGCGACACAGACUUCUUCUUCAUCACACAUCGCUACCAGUACCCCGGUAGCAACAUCCUCCGUUUCCGAGUCUCCAUCGCCAAUUCCAUCUCCACAUCCAGCCCUUUCCGGCGGCGCUAUAGCAGGAUUGGUUAUUGCCUCAGUGCUUGGAGCGGUUUUCCUAGGGGUUGGUGCAGCACUCCUUUAUUGGCGACGGAGAAAGGCUCUCAAUAACGGACAAAUUGAGACACUGCCGCAUGACCAGGUUCCACCAUACUACUCGGAGAGACCUGACAAUGCGCCUGACAUGUUGCAAGUGCAGCACAAGAGAGCGUCCUCCAACGUAGCGGAGCUACCCGGCGAUCAACAAGUUCACGAAUUGGGCUCAGCUCGAGUAAUAGCAGAGCUUCCGGAGAAUUACAGCCAUAUCUCGAACAGCGAUAAGGGGCACAGCGACCUAAGUGGUAGUACUCAAGUUUGAUGUGACGGGUUGAGCGUUGGGGGGGUGCGAGUGACAGAGAGCCAGCUCAAGACGCAUCGCGCAAACAUUUUGACGAGCAGACUUCUUCACAGUCAGUCAGUCAGUCCAGUCGGAGGACAAGAAGUUGUCGGCCUAACUGGACUGACUAUAGGACUGCUUACCUCAGCCUUGUCGCCGGGGUGGGAAUAUACUGUCGUGGUUCGACCAAGGAAAUACGCUCCUCCCUGUCGGGUACAGAGCCUUCGUUUAUGUCUGCAGCGAGUAGCCGCCGGAUUGUGUGGUUGGGCAACAGUUGAACGAAACGGCUCGAAACAAGUGUGUGAUCGGAGCCAAGCAGGUGGUGAGCGGAAAGAGGCGGGCAGACUUUCACGCAAACGUACAACGACCCGAAAGAGCAGAGCAGAGAGUACAGAGGCACAGGAAAUAAACUCAAGGGCUGGAGAACUCGGAUGGAGCGAUCUGAAUAAAGAUCCGCCGUGGAUCCCGAAGCCAGAAGAUACAGUAUCAAGACGCGUGGAGCUUGCGUCUGCAUCUGUCGUCGCUCCGAUGAAUAUGGUCCAGAAGUCUUGCUUCGGAACUGUGAUCCUCUACACUCACUAAUGAUGGUCUGCACACGUUAGGUAUAUGAGAGCAAAUAUUGAACCCGUAUAGGUACCAGUA